AUUAUGCAUUUCGCACCCAUUCUAACAGUAAGGUUUCAGGGAAGAUCGCCUUUUGAUCCGCCGCUGCACGAUGAUCAUGAUCAAUUCAUUUUAGGACCAAAUGUGCAACAUGACACUGCGCGGAACUACGUUCAGCAGUUCGAUUUCAGAGGUCAUCCACGAAACCUCGCUUCAGAGCACUCGACAAAGCGACUUUAUCGAGCACAGAAUGAUGCUCUUGCGACUGUUGGUGUCGUCGUCCGCAAAGCCAAGAUGAGCCGUAGUAACUGGCAAGCUCUGACUAACAGCCAAAAGCAGAGUCUAGUUCUGGAUGAAAAUAUCGCUGGGCAAAACUGCGGCAUGGUCGACGACCUAUUCCAAAAGCUGGCCCUACGAUGGAUCAUUUCAUUUCGCAGAAGGCUACUAACCUAUAAAUCAUAUCUUGGCCUACCUGUGCUUGUGACGAUGCAGUCCGAGUGGAAUAUUGUAGGACCAAGAGCAUUCUUGUUUCCUGGAUAUCCCAUGGCAAUUAUUGCAAGCCUUAGCAACUCUCUCAGGCGUGACACACUAGGCUCCAAUCCAGGUGCAACUCUACCUCGCCCAUUCACAACCUUCCAGCUCAAAGAACUGCCUAGAAUCUUGCUUCGAGAAUUCCUGAGACUGGUUUGGUUUGGCGCAGAAUAUCCAUUCUAUGCUACCUCGAUUCUGCAGUCACUCUAUCUGCUUCCUCAAGGCGCCAUGCCGCCUCUAUCAGCGUUGAUCCCAUCCGCCACCGGUCCUCCCUUGAGUGUCUCGGGAAAUCUAGUCUCAACCUCGUGGACAUUCUUCUUACAUAGGGCCAGGAAUUUUGCCCUGAAUCCUUUCGUUCUUGCCUAUGUACACGACCUCCUCGAACAACGGCUUUUUAUGUCCAUUUAUGCCCGCAUCCGCCAUUUCGCCCUCAAGCCCGACCGUGCGGAUCAAAUUUCUUCGUUGCUGUACGCUCAAAACGAUAAUCAGAUCAAUUUCGAAGCUUCUACGACCAGCCCCUUGGAGGAGAAGACGAAGGAUUCGGACGUCAGAUCUCAAACCCUCGCCGAGUCGCUUAGAGUGAUGUUCCCCGUCCUUUUUACAUUAUGGGAUAGAAUUCUACAGAUGCGAAGUGCUUCUCUACACGUGGUCCUAAGUGAGGACAUGGAAGCGGAGCUCAUCAAUCGAAGCUCCUACUACUAUUCACAGUUACUUCGGGAAAGUCGUAGGCUGAGUCCAGAGGACCGUCCCCCACGACAGAUGUUGCGCAUGCAAGCCAUCCGAUCCGCCUUUGGCGACUAUAGUUUGGACCCCGACCACGGGACGCUUAGCGUUGAAUUGGCCGAUGACGUGGUGAGCCUUGCCGGCAACAGCAACGCCUCUACCUCAACCCCAGACCCGCAAGACCUCUUUUCAGCUGAAGACGUACUGGAACAGCCUUCAGAUGCACGUUUCGCGGAUGCAGAAAGUCGUGUUGACGCCCAGCGUGUAGAUGAUACAGGUCACCUCGUGAACACGGAUGAACCCGCAGUGACAACGGAUGACGUAGCAAGCAUUGUUGCAGUUUGGGCAACAGAACCGUCGAGAGUCCCUGUGACAUCAGCUUUUGAGCCCACAAUUCCUCUAGAAUCUCUUCUUGAGGGAGGACCCCCAGACGCACGACAAACUCCAGAGCCGCGACCUGCAACACCGGUGGCAGGAAUGUUGCGGGCCCCUAGCUUACCACAAGCUACACCAAGACCACUGCGCCGACCGACCGACCUAGGCGACAAUCCUCGUCCCACUCGAGAAGAACUUUUCCAUCACCGACGACUGCUGAGGAACGGCGAUGACAGUCUAUAUCGCGUGACAACUUUAUCGAAUCAUCCUGCCCACACUCUUGCUCUCGGUUUUGCCUCAAUAAUAACUCCAAUCUUGAUGCUACCUCUAGAGAUGAUGUUUCUAAGGUCGCUAACCCGGAAUUUCCUGAUCUCAAGACUCAAUGACACCGGAGCGGCAAGGCGAGAUCCAGCUCUUGCUGACAUUUGGCCAUUAUCACCACGCAUGACCUUGAAGGACGUUGGGGCGUUGAGCUCUCCGGGUUUCUGGGGUAAUUGGUUUCUAAGCCUGGGAAUGCAAGCCGUCAUUAAUCUGAUCACAUGGACUGCCAGCACUCAUUUCACGUUGCACCUCAGUCGUCAGUUCGGAUGGGGCAAAUUUUAG